GCAAAAGGUUUACUUAUAAAGUGACCAGUUUUCAUGCCAAGGAGCAAUGGUGGGUGAGAUCAGCGCGCGCCACACUGCCGUACCUGUGACGUCGUGGGAUCGCGCGACGCCGCCUGCCGCCGAGCGGAAGACGAUGGCGGCCGCGGCCACGGCGGCCGAGCGGCCGGACGGCCUGCGCGACGAGCUGCGCCGCUUCCUGAAGGCAGCCACCAACGAGACGCGCCUCAGCCAGCCGGAGCUGACGCACAUCGCGCUCCGGCUGCUGAAGAGCCUGCCGGCCGCGCGCGACGCCGGCCUUGAGUACCUCAGCUCGGUGCUGGACGGCUGCACGGCUCAGUUCGUCGCCAAACUGGAGGAGGGUGACGUGCCGGAGAGCGCGGCGGCGGCCGGCGAGGACGAGUUGGUGGGCGAGAUCAGUCAGGCGCUGUCCGGCCUGCUGGAGGCCAACCCGCACACCUGGGCGCCUGUCAUCUCGGCCUGGUCGCUCGAACUGCUCGGUCGCCUGUCGUCCCGGUACUCGGCGCGCGCGCACGUGCCGCACUCGGCCGGCCUGAACGACCUGGUGCAGCUGUGGCUGUGCUGCCCGGCCACGCGCGCGCUCAUCCACGUGACCGUGCUGUGCGUGCGUCACGACACGGACGUCUGCAUCAAGCCGCUGCUCGACACGUCGGCAGCGUACACGCCGCACUUCGACUGGGUGGUGGCGCACAUUGGCUCUUGCUUCCCCAGCACCAUCAUCGAGCGCGUGCUGAGCGUGGGACUGCGCGAGUUCUGCGCCCAGCAGGCGGCGGCGCCCGGGGGCACUCCGGGAAAGCGGAGCUCGGUCGUGCAGAUCCUGGGGCAUCUCGCCGCCAGAAACUCGGCUGAAAUCUGCGACGCCCUCAAGGCCUUGAUCCAGCAGAGCUUGGGCCCGUCGCCGUCGGCCGCGCCGGCUGGCCCGCCGGACGAGGUGCGGCUGGCCACGGUGCCGUUCCUCCUGCAGCUGGCCGGGCUGUCGCCGCUGCUGCUGGACACGCUCUCCACGGAGAUCCUCCGCACGGUGACGGUGGCGCAGCUGGCCGCGGUCGCCGCCCAGGUGCCCGGCUGGAUCCCGCGCUACUUCGCCACCGCCGAGGCACUGCUCUCGCUCACCGUCCACCUGGUGCUGCGCUGCGAGCGAGGCGCGCUCGCCGCGCUCCAGCUGCUGCUGCGCGCCGCCGAUCCGGACUCGACGCACGGCGACGACGUGCGCCGCGCCGCCGAACACCUGCUUGAGCGGGUGCUCUCGGAGCUGCAGCGGCUGGAGAACCGGCGUCUCUCGCGGCUGGUGACCGUGCCGCAGGCGCACACCACGGUCUUCCACGCGCGCGCGCCCGAGGACGGCGCGCGCACGCUCGCGCUGCUGCUUGUGGAGUUCAUCUCCCCUGACGUCAUGUUCAACGGCCUUCCCUGGCCAGAUGAGGAGUUUAUGAAGGUGACCAUGGAGCGGGACCUGGAGAUGCGCCGCUUCUUCGAUCACCACCCGGUCAGCUGGUGCCUGCUGGAGCUGGUGGCGCGCCGGCCGCCCGCCAUCUGCUACUGCUCCGUGCUGCUGCGCGCGCUUGCCGCCACGCUCAUCCAACAUUGGUCCUCCACUACGGAGACGCAGGCCUGCAACAGCGCCGGCCCGCUGGACGUGACCGAGCGGCUGCUGCACGUGAUGGCGCUGGGCCAGCUGCUGCCUCCGCCGCUCACGCUCAUCCCCGAGAUGCUGGCCACGCUGACCUCGCACGAGGUGUACCUGCUGCUGACAGACGUCUGGGCGUACAUGCGCGAGACGGUGCCGUCGCCGGCGGCCUUCACGCACGACGCGGCCGGCGUGGCGAGCCGCUCGUUCCCGCCGCUGGAGGCGCGCUUCACGGCCCGCCUGCUGCUCGUGCUGCAGAACAACAUGGCCACGCUCGGCCACCUGUUCCCGCAGGGACUGCCGGAUGCAUACACGGCCGUCAGCUGAAGCUCAGCACCGCGGACCGGUGGCCAACCCACACACACCGCGAG